AUGAAUCUUGAGAAUAAUAAUUGCGUCGUAAACAUUUUAGACGCACCAACAUGUUAUUUCGGUUUCCAUCCUGCCACCAAGAAACAUAAAGCUGUUUUCGUGUGGUGUAGAGGUAGAUUCCAAGAUUUUCCAGUUUGCGAGGUCUUGACAGUAGGGGAGGAUAAUGCAUGGAGAAUAAUCUACGAGAUACUGCCACACAAUAUCUACGAAAAUAUCUCUCAGUAUGCAAAUGGUUCCAUAUAUUGGCUUGUAGAGUGUCGUUGGAUAAUGGCAUUUGAUGUAGGACGCGAGAAGUUUAGGGUGAUCCCAGCUCCCGAAUUCGGAGAGUCACGAUUCCAAAUGUUCUCAGAAGUGGAUGGGUGUCUAGCCGUCAUAUGUCCAGAUAGAGAAAUAAUCAACAUGUGGAUACUGCAUGAUCUAAAUAAAGAGAAUUGGACUCAAGAGACUAUCAAACUUCCUUCUAAUGAGAUGGAGAAUUGGUGGGUUACUUAUUUUCAUUCCGUUGCUGGAACUGACCAGAUGAUCUUAGAAACCUAUAGAGAUCCUGGCGAGUAUUUUGGCUUCAGGAGGGAUGCAAAGCUUGCCAAAUUUUAUCUUUAUGAUCGUAAACAGAAGACGUUCAAGAAGUUUGAAGUCGGCGGGGUUUCCUUCUUAACGGAACGGAGCACAACUGAUUGUAUCUCAACCUUCGUAGAAAGCCUUCUGCCUGUUCAGAAGAAGUUGCAGUAUUCCCCGUGA